CUAUGCUAAUAUCUCCUCUCCCACAAGGCAGCGCGCGGGGCGGACGCGGCUCUUUGUGCGGGCUGGGGGCUGCGCCCGGGCACUAUGAGCGGCUCCGGCGGGGCGGGGGCCCCCGCGGGCCCUGCGCCGCCCGCGCAGGAGGAGGGCAUGACGUGGUGGUACCGCUGGCUGUGCCGCCUGUCGGGCGUGCUGGGGGCCGUCUCCUGUGCUGUCUCCGGCCUCUUCAGCUGUAUAACCAUCCACCCUCUGAACAUUGCGGCCGGCGUGUGGAUGAUCAUGAAUGCCUUCAUCCUGUUGCUUUGCGAGGCGCCCUUCUGCUGCCAGUUCGUGGAGUUUGCAAACACGGUGGCCGAGAGGGUGGACCGGCUGCGCUCCUGGCAGAAGGCUGUCUUCUAUUGCGGGAUGGCCGUGAUCCCCAUCGUCAUGAGCCUGACCCUGACCACGCUGCUGGGCAAUGCUGUCGCCUUUGCCACCGGGGUGCUGUAUGGACUCUCUGCCCUGGGCAAGAAGGGCGACGCCAUCUCCUACGCCCGGAUCCAGCAGCAGAAGCAGCAGGCGGAUGAGGAGAAGCUGGCGGAGACCGUGGAGGGGGAGCUAUGAUGUGGGUUCCCACCACCCUCCCUCCCUGCCUGCCACCUGGCUCUGGGGGAGCUUGUCCGGAGGAGGCUGAGCUGUGGCCUGGGAGAGGAGGCCCCGUGCCUGUCCCUGUGCCCGGGUUCCCUUCCUGCCCCGUUCCCGGACCAGCCGAACACGUCCUGACCCUGCUGGCACUCAGUGUCACAGCUCUGCACAGACGGCCACCUGGACCUGGCCCAGUGCUGCUGGUCUGGCUCAGCAAACAGGCCGCGUGGGGCUGCGAGCUCCAUGGCCCGGGAGCGGCUUGCAGAGUCCACUUGGGGCCUGUUGAGGGGCUUCCCUGCCCCUGUCCUUUAGGCCUGAGCAUCCAGCAGAGGAAGCACUCAGCUCCCCGGGCAGGUGGAGUCCCAGGCCUGCCCUGUUUGCCUGUCCUCAGGGCAGAGGGGUGGAGCAGUGUCCUGAGUCACCACUGCCUGGGACCAGGCUGGGCCUCUAGGCGGCCAUGAGGAGCACUCCCUCACCAGUGCCUUGGCACCUUGGACGCUCAGCCGCCUACCUCUUACAAGCCUCCCCCUACUCUGCCUUGGGCUUGGUGCUAAGGAAGUGGGGUGAGACACCCAUGGAGGUAUCCCCAACCCCCAAGAGGUUCUGACCUGCCCUCUCCUGUUGGCAACAGCUGCUCCCCACCACCAGGGCUGAGGCGACCCACCCCAGGUUUGCCCGCCUGGGCAGCUUCCUGACUUGGACAGCCGCUCGCCACAGGGCUGCCUGCUGCCCUGUGCCAGCCCGUGUCCAGGAAGCUGGAUGCUCAGGCCUAAAGGACAGAGGCAGGGAAGCCCCUCAACAGGCCCCCUGCUGGAGGUGCCCUGUCAUACCCUCAUUUCCUCCAUCACUCCCUCCUGCCCCGGGACUUCGGCCUUGGCUACUGAUUAGAUUGGCCCUUGGCUGUGGUGCACACAUGUGUGUGCUGGGGUCGCACGCUCCCCAGACCCCCAGCAGGGCCUGCUCUGCGUUCUCAGAGCUCAGGGACUGGCUCGCGCUCCCUGGAAACCAGUUCCCAGGCUGUGCCCAGGUCCAUUUCCUGGAGAACACUGAGGCCUGUCAGCAUUUGGGGCCGGAGUGGUAGGCACUCUGCUUGGGAGUGCGGGUGCUUGGGGCUGGGCCAUCGCUGCCUGGGGACUCAGCAGCAGGCUCCGGUCAGCACAACCCUCCAGGCGCCAGGCUGAGCCCCUGGGUGCCAGGGCAUUAGGAUGCGGCUAGUUUGGUCAGACGUGUGCCUUCAGGUUCCUCUGGGUUCGCCCACCUCAGGCCACAACGGGGCUCAGAGAGGCAGGGUGGAGGGAGAGGUGUCCCAUUGCCCAUCCUGCUUCUGGGAGGAACACGGACUCUGCCUGCCCCUCCCCGUCCACUUGUCCAGGUGUGGGACUCUGGGGUCACUUCUGUGCACACCUCACUGGCUGCAGCAGGAGGGGGAGAGGCUUGGUGGGAGCUGGGCCAGUGUGGGGCUGAUCCCUCACCCCAGCUGCUGAGCAGCUCCUGCGGGGUGGUUACCCAGGCCGGCUGGCCUGCAGCUGUGUCUGGGCGCCGACUUCCUGCGCCUCCCUUAGCCAGCUGGGUCUGCACCCUGCACAGCCAAUCAAGGCUGUCGUUUGGAUGUGCACUCUACCUGCUGCCAUCUGUGUCCCUAGGAGUGUCCGGGAUGCCCUGUCCCCACACUGCUGGGCAGAGCCCGGUGGCCAGCUCUGACUGAGCAUGUUCACAGGAAAGUGACUUGCUGGAUGUCACAGCCAGGGAGGCAGGGCUGGGCAGGCCCGACCCCCUCUCUGGGGCACAGUCCAGUGGGGUCAUGGAGGCCUGAGGGGCAGUAGGCCCUGCUGACCUGGCUGGCUGCUGGGGAGGGGGCUCCUCCGUAUAGUACAACCCACUCCUCCCACCCUACGGGUGCAGGCCCAGUUUCUUUAUUUGGAUAAAUACUGUGAACAGUUUGUA